GUAAGUAGUACCACUAAAAAAUGGGACCAACCAUUGCUUAAAAAGAUGAUUUAUGAAGACCCCAUCAUCUCUCUCACUAUACGGCUCUCUUCUUUUAAUUUUGCACACUCUCCCAAAUUCGUUUCGACGUGGUGUGUACAAAGAAAAAGAUCCAAAAACACGGCACUACCCCUCUCUGUUUCUCUGUUUCAUUGCUCUGCUUCUUGUCUUAAAAGGAAAGAGAAAGAACAUGCAUGCGAAGACAGACUCUGAGGCAACAAGCAUCGACGCGGCUUUGUCUCCGCCGCGUUCCGCCAUUAGACCUCUUUACUACGUACAGAGUCCUUCCAACCAUGACGUUGAGAAGAUGUCGUUCGGCUCUGGUUGCAGUCUCAUGGGCUCACCUUCACACCCGCAUUACUACCACUGCUCACCGAUCCAUCACUCCCGUGAGUCAUCCACCUCUCGCUUCUCUGACCGUGCCCUCCUCUCUUACAAGUCCGUCCGUGAAGACCGUCGAUUCGUCAACGACGGUGGAGACGACAAAACGGACGGCGGAGAUGACGACGACGACCCGUUUCGGAAUCUGCGCCUCUACGCUUGCUUGCUCCUCUCCUUAGUACUCUUGUUCUCUCUCUUCUCUCUUAUUCUCUGGGGUGCUAGCAAAUCCUACCCUCCUAAAGUUGUUGUAAAGGGGAUGCUCGUGAGGAACUUAUACGUGCAAGCCGGGAACGAUCUGAGCGGAGUGCCUACGGACAUGUUGUCUCUCAAUUCGACAGUGAGGAUCUUUUACCGAAACCCAUCAAACUUCUUCUCCGUGCACGUCACUGCUUCUCCUAUCCUCCUUCACUACUCUAACCUCCUCCUUUCCUCCGGUGAGAUGAACAAGUUCACGGUUGGUAGAAACAGAGAAACGAACUUGCUGACUGUGGUGCAUGGCCAUCAGGUUCCUCUCUACGGCGGUGUCUCUUUCCAUCUCGACAGUACUCUUUCCCUGCCGCUUAAUCUCACUCUCGUCCUCCGUUCAAAAGCUUACAUUUUGGGAAGACUCGUCACAUCAAAGUUCUAUACAAGGAUCAUAUGCUCCUUCACUCUCAAUGCCAACCAUCUCCCAACACCUAUCUCUCUUCUUCACUCAUGUACUCCUUACCACUGACCACACAUGUGUGUGUGUGUGUGUUCUAGUACUGUUCUUGUAUCUUUGGCCAUCAAAUAUAUUCAUCCAUCAAGUACAACACCA